CGCGCGCACAUCCGAUGCGCUCAGGUGUGGGGCGGCGGAGACUCGAAAGAAGCGCGUGCAGAGGAAGCAGCCAGGUGAAGCUUCUCACCGUCAGACAGAUUUCCUUCGUUUGAAUUUAUCCCAAUGAGUUUCCCUGCAAUGUGUUGAACAACCCUCUGUCCACCUAAAGAAACACCCAAAACCCGUCAAUCACAGAGAAAAGUGCACACUCCCACUCUCCAUGGCACACCCAUACGAGCCGUGGUUACGUGCGGCGCCCCCUGGAGGCCCGGAGGAGGUGGGCAUGUCUGGUUGGUGGGAUCUGCACGGUGGAGCUGCAGGAGGCUGGAUGGACAUGCAGGGGUCACCAGCACUUGGGGUCGGGGGUGGGGCCAUGGCACAAGGCGGGUCCAUGGGCCUGCAGCAAGGUGUCAGCACCUAUAACCCUGAGGCUCAGAUGUGCUGCCUGCCAUCCUCACCCCAUGCUGGUCCACUCUAUCCCCCUGAUGGCUUUAAAAUGGAGCCGCUGGCACAGGACAUGCUACAUACUCCACAUCACGCCACGCCCUUUUCCCUGGAGGAGUCACAGGAGGGAACAAGCAGUUCGGCUCGGCCCAAAUCUCAGCGCCGAUCUGGAACCAGAGCUCCGGGUCAGACGGCCUGCCGCUGCCCGAACUGCCUGAGUGCAGAAUCACUAGGAGCCAACAAUGACAGCGACGAUGCUAACAAGCGCAAACACCUGCACAACUGCCACAUCCCGGGCUGCGGGAAGGCCUACGUGAAAACGUCACACCUGAAAGCUCAUCUGCGCUGGCACAGCGGCGACAGGCCUUUCGUCUGCAACUGGCUGUUCUGUGGAAAACGCUUCACACGCUCUGAUGAGCUGCAGCGCCACCUGCAGACGCACACCGGCGCCAAGCGCUUCAGUUGCAGCGUUUGCCCACGUGUCUUCAUGCGCUCAGACCACCUGACCAAGCACAUGCGUGUUCACGAGGAGCAGGGAGGCACAGAAAACACCUCACCUGCCUCCGUCAGUGACGGCGCUCUCACCUCUGCUUCACCCACUGAGGUGGCACCGAGUCUGCAUCUGAAGAACGAAACCAGCGCAAGUGGAGAUGAGGCACCAGUAAAUAGCACCUAACUGACACCAAGUGAACACUUCCUUAUCCCUGAAGCUAAUGCUAAACACCACUGAACUGCUCAUGCUAACACUAAACUCCAACUUGCUAGUCAGAGCAUUGUUAGCAUGAACUAACACUGGAUAUCACUGAUUAAAGGUGAACCUAGUAUCAGUAACAUUUGUCUGUUAACACUGUAUAUCAUCAUUCAGUCGCAGCAUUAGCAUUAGAUGGCUGUCACUAGAGGCAUUACUUAUGCUAACAUUACCAACACCAAUAUAUCUCUGAAUAGGGAGCUAGCGCUAAAAGCAUUAGCCAGUUAACACUGUUUUUCACUCAUUAAUGAUGUUAAUGUUGUUAAUAAAUACUGAAUAACAUUGAUUAAUAUCUAGUUAGAACUGUUAACAGCUGAUUAGCACUGGAUUACACUGACUGAGGUGUUUUUAGUUAGUAUUAACACAAGCUAUUAUUGAAUUAGCAAUGUUAGAAUCAACUACAGAAUAUCAGUAAUUAGUUUAGGUGUUAGCAUGGCUGCCGUUAUCUUGCAACACUGGUUGACUAAUAGUGGGGAUAGCACCGUUUGCAUUAGCAGGUUAGCACUGGACAUCACUGACUACUGCUGCAGUGAGCAUUAUGUUAGUAAUAGUUACGUUAGCACUGCUGUUAGCAUAAGAUGGGAUGUUAUGUGAUGGUCGCAGUGUUAGCGUAGCCAGACCGUCAUGCGUAACACGUAGCGCUGGUAAAUUUACUGCAGCUCUUAGAGUUAAUACUGUUUACAUUAGUGCUGCUAAUAAUAGUGAUUACUGUUUUACACACACACACACACACACACACACACACACACACACACACACACAAGUAGAAUUGAAUUAAGUAAAGUUUGGUCCAGUUGAUGAUGUCGUAAUGUUAUGAUGCAGUGAAGAUCAAAGUUUCACCCAAAAUCUACGUGUCAUCGCUUUAAUAUUUUAAUAUUUUUUAAUUUCUGAGUGUAAUUUAUUCAUGAACGUUUAUUAAACACACACAUUAAUUCAUAGUUAAGUAUAAUAAUAAUAAUAAUAACAAUACGGUGGGUUUGUGUUGUUUUUGUUGCUCCCUUGCUCACUUCCCCUCGUCUGAGUGGACGCUGUUAGGGGACGUGAACUGAAACACAUCACACUGUUCAACAUCAUUACACACUUCUCUUUAAUAUCAUUUUUAUAUCAGCUUUAUUAUUUAAAGACGAAGGUACAGAAUAUUAUGAAGCUGUUAUUUUAUUAAACUGUCACUGAUUUUCUGACUUUUUCACAUCCCACUGUUGGUGGUGUUUGAGAUUCAGAGCAGCUCUGUGCUGGUGAAAUGUUUCCAAACCUAAAUCCUCUGAAUAAAUCUGCUUGAAUUAAUUAACUUAUAAUGAUGUAUUUUAUACUGUGUGUGUGUGUGUGUGUGUGUGUGUGUGUGAGAUUAGUGCGCAACAGAACAGUGGUUUUUGUUUCAAUUUUGUGUAAAUUUAUUGGAAUAAAAUCUCACAGCACUCUGUGUUUA